AUGGCCUCGGAGUACAAAAAGCGCGGCGGUGGCUACAAUCAAAGCAAGGAGGAAGGGCAGGAUGAGAGUCAAAAGCAUUUGGAUGACUGGACAAAGGAAGACUGGCAGACCAAAGAGGGAAGGGGUACUGCGAAAAAGAGUGAUGGCUCAAGGCAGAGAUAUCUCCCCAAGGAGGCGUGGGAGAAAUUGAGCGACAAGGAGAAGGAGAAAACGGAUAAGAAGAAGUUAAGCGAGUCAAAGAAGGGGAAGCAGUUUGUUGGAAAUACAGGGGGUGCAAAGGAAGCGGGUCGGAAGGCUAGGAAGCAUGCUGAGAGGGGUGAAGAAGACAAGGAAGAAGACAAGGAAGAAGACAAGGAAGAAGAGGAGGAAGAAGACAAGGAAGAAGACAAGGAAGAAGACAAGGAAGAAAACAAGGAAGAAAACAAGGAAGAAAACAAGGAAGAAAACAAGGAAGAAGACGAGGAAGAAGACAAGGAAGAAGACAAGGAUAGAUACGAGGAUAAAGAUGGAGAAAGAGAUGGGGAGGGAAAGGGGAAAAAAAGGGGGGAAAGGGCCCGAGCCAAGGAAGAGAAAAGGGAAAGCAGAAGGCUGGAACUAAAAGGAGUGCGAAACAGGCAAAUGGACCAAACAAGAAGCAGGAGGUCAAGCAGACGGGGAAAUAAAAUACCGAAGUGGAGGGACUACAGGAGCAGGAUGGUAGUUAUAUAG